AUGCAUCUCACGCUCGUCCUGUGGGCUUUGAUCCUUCUCUCGGCACUUCUGUUGCUGCGUCGGAAAGCCAACUUUACAACCUCGACGCCGACCGCUGGCAAUGCCUUGUUCGAUCCGAGCAGAUCCACCUUCGAAGACAUCGAAAGCUGCAAAGCCAUCCUUGCUUGCACACUCGGCGGCUCAAGCAGAAGGAUUCCUCUCCUCUCUCAACUUCAAGCACGGGCACUACCGAACGAAAGACUACAAGUAGCUUUCGGCAUUGAUAACGCCUUCACAACGACCGAUGUUGAAUGGUACAAGGAGUUCCGCAAGCUUAGCGAAUCACACCUAAGGGUAUCAAACUCACAGUGGAAGUCCCUCGCAACGACGGCGCGCCAAAUCGCCACCACCGGCAUCUCAAGCAGGUCCCGCUCCUUCGCCCUCGCUCCGCUCGUGCAGACCCUCACUCUCAAGAUCUCGCUCCAGCUAUUCUUCGGCCUCGACGCUUCCACACUCAACAACGACACGAUGAGCUUCAUCGCCUCCUCCAUCAACACCAUCUGGCUCGCCUCCAAGCAACACAGCCAGCACCCAGCCGCAAUCACCCCCUGGCACCACCACCACGCCCUCAUCGCCGCCCUCCGCGCCCUCAUCCCCUCCCGUGACCCGCUCUCGCCCCGACAGAACCCCAUGACGCUCAUCCUGCCCGCCUACGAAACCACCUGGCGCGUCGUCCUACGCUGCCUCCUCGAAGUGCGCUGCUCCGCCCGCAACCACCGCCAUUCCGACCAGGCGUGCUGGCGCGCCGCCCUCGCCGCCUUCCUCCACGACCCGACGCCGAGCGCUUUCCACGAGGUCGUAGACGCAGACGCAGACGCAGACGCCGACGCAGAGCGCGGGGCCGCCGUGUCGGCUGCCGCCGUCGCCAAGGAGGCCCUGCGCCUGUACCCGCCCACGCGCCGCGUCUACCGCGACCUGCCGCUGCCGGCGGGGCGUGUGGCCGCGGACGUCGAGGGGGUGCAGCGCGAUGGGGCCGUGUGGGGCGGCGGUGGGGUCGACGAUGCGCGCAGCUUCUGGCCGCGGCGCUGGGUUGCUGCCGCCAGUGGUGGUGGGGGGCCGUUUUUGGCGUUUGGUGGAGCGCCGUUCCUGUGUCCGGCUCGGGCGGCGUUUGGGCCCAUGAUGGUGGCGGUGCUUGUGGCGGCGCUGGUGGAGGCGCUGCCUGAGGCGGAGUUUGAGAUGGAUGGCAUGCUUGCGGGUGAGAUGGCGAAUGUUGGGGAGCCGUUGAGCAACGAGCGUGAGGCUUAUGGCGAUUUGAGGGUCGUGCGGAAGUAA